UACUCUGAAUACAUGGAGAAUACAAACAAUGUGUCCAAAUUCAUUCUGUUGGGACUCUCCCAGGAUCAAGAGUUACAGCAAGUGUGUUUUGUGCUGUUUUUACUCUUCUAUGUAGUUAUCGUUCUGGGAAAUCUGCUCAUCAUUAUCACUAUAAAAUGCAGUGAGCGUCUGAACUCCCCAAUGUAUUUCUUUCUUAGGUACCUGUCCUUUGUAGACAUCUGCUACUCUUCUGUCACAGCCCCAAAGCUCAUUGCAGACUUCCUUGUUGAGAGGAAAACCAUCUCCUAUGUUGGCUGUAUAGCACAGCUCUUUGGUGUCCAUUUCUUUGGGUGCACCGAGAUCUUCCUCCUCACGGUGAUGGCGUACGACCGUUACAUUAUCUGCAAACCCCUCCAUUAUAUGACCAUUAUGAACAAGCAUGUGUGCAGCUGGAUGGUGGUAGCUUCAUGGGCAGGGGGCUUUGUGCAUUCCAUGGUUCAGACUCUUCUGACUACCCAGUUACCCUUCUGUGGGCCCAAUGAGAUUGACCAUUACUUCUGUGAUGUGCACCCUUUGCUAAAAUUGGCCUGCACUGACACUUAUAUAGUUGAUGUUAUAGUUGUUGCCAAUAGUGGGAUGAUUUCUCUUAGUUGUUUUGUAGUGCUGGUUUUAUCCUAUGUUGUCAUCACCCAGGAACUAAGGGCCCUUCCAGGUCCAAAGCCCUAA